AUGGUUGUUGCUUCUAGCGAAUUAACGAACGUUCGCUCAUCGAUCGUCUUUGAAAUCUUUUUAACUAUCAAUCGUUGGGCAGUUUUACUGUGGCUAUUAAUCGAAUCUCUCAGUUUUGUUUAUAAAAAUGCCACCAUUCUCUAUCCUACUCAAGGCCAUAUAGCUGGAGAAAUUAUUCUUAUGCUCAGUGUUUUCUUCUUCGAUCUCUUUCGUAUACUAUUGGGAUCGAUAUCCAAUCGGACAGAGAGCAUUCUUCUCACGGCAAUUACGAUCGUUCUUACAGUUGCCGUCUUCUUUGGAUAUUUAUACUUCGUUCUCUGGCAAUUAUUUGUUAUUCGUGCUGAAUUGAUUAUGACUAUUAUAACGUUGAUAUUUACAGCCAGUGACAUUGUCUUCUUGAUUCUUUGUAUCGUCUUUUUUGCUCGACCAUCGCCCUUACCCACAUUUUACCGACAAAUGCCGUAUCAAGCAUCGUUUUAA